AUGUCGACCGAACAUUGGAAUGAAGACAGCGCCUAUGCUUUUUCUGCUCAUAGAAUAUUCUUAAGAAUAUACGGUCUGUGGCCAUUGCAAGCGCAGACGUUGUUCACGACGAUACGAUGGAACUUCUGUAUUAUUGCGCAGUUGAUGGUGCUACCUUUUGUAACGUUGGAUCUAAUGUGGAGCAACGAGAACGCGGAUACAGGUAUAGAAAGUAUACUAUUUUUCGUGUCCGCGGUAAUUGGGAUCAUAAAACAACUGUGUAUUGCUGUCAAUCAAAAGAAACUAGGCAUAAACAUUAAUGCUGCUAUCGACGAUUGGUUGUUCGUUAAAGACGAUGAGGAAACUCGAAAGAUUAUGAAAAAAUAUGCAAUUAAAGCCAGAAUUCUCACUUUCAUAUUGCUAUACUCGGCCUGUGGAUGUUUUUGUAUUUACAUAUCAGCAAUCGUGUUUAUAAAUCUGAAGCAGAUAUUUUUCACGGAUUCUCUGGAUGCUGAUGCUAAUUCCACAAAUUGGAUACUCCUGGUCCCAUCUGGCCCAUUGGGCAGCUCAAUCACUGGUUUGCAAUAUGUUAUAAUCCUUCUCAUUCAAAUUAUUCAAACAUCCAUAAUAUGUUCGACGCAGUGUAUCGUAGACAGCUUUUUCUUCAACAUUACUAUACAUCUCUCUGGUCAACUCGAGGUGCUUAAAAAUAAAUUCAAAAUUUUUGCGAACGAGCCAGACACUGAGACAAAUUAUCGAAAAAGAUUUGUCGGCUUAAUUAACAGGCACAGCGAAUUAAUGGAAUUCUAUCAAAAUUUAGAAGACAGCUUCCAUUUUUUUAUACUAUCUCAACUCGUGAUGGUGACGAUUAUGCUCGCACUAAUAGGAUUACGUAUAAAUUUGUGCCUAAACGAGAAAAAUCAUGUUGAAAUGGCAAAGAGCGUUCUAGUCUUAAACUAUUUAUUAACGGAAUCACUGGUGCUCACCUAUGGUGGCGACUUCUUACAAAGAGAAAGUGAAGGUUUAUUUUAUGCAUUAUAUACAACUUCCUGGUUCACGCUUCCUUUAGCGCUGAUGAAGGAUCUGCACUUUGCGAUGAUGAGAUCGAGCAUUCCGUUUCGUCUUACCGGUGGAAAGUUUUUCUACGUUAAUCGUGAGACAAUGAUGUAUAUUCUCAAGACAGCAGUCUCAUAUGUUUCCGUUUUACGAAUAGCACUAAAAGAAAAAUGA